AUGGAGCAAAAGGGCUUGAACCCAUCCCCACAAGCUGGUGCUAAUGUUGAUAACCAAAUUCCAGAUCCGAUACUGCCUCCUACUGCCCUUAUGUCUCCCUGCCGAGCAGCAAAGCGACGUCGUACUAAUGCCGGCGAUACGGCGGUGACAUCAUGCACUCCACGAAUUACUACAAGUGCUGACCUAUUUGGAUCGUCAUCUCCGCUGAGUUCUCCGCCUACCUCACCUGAAGCAUCUCUACUGCCUCCUCACAUCUGUACCAAUUCCGGUCUGUGCAUCCAUUUCUUUAGAGACCCAGGCUUAAAGGCAGCUAGGUGUGCUAAUAAAUCUAAGGCACGGUACCAGACACCUACACCACCCGCUCAAAAGCCCACGACGACCUCGGCAAUCAGGGCUGCCAAGGUCCUUCAGCCAUAUUACGCAAAUUCUCAAAUCGACAAACCUGAUCCUAUAGGCCAACCUCAGGUCUGGGCCGAUAAACGUCAGCAACUGUGUCAGGCCUUGCCCUAUUACAAUGCCUACCAAUCAGGUGCACACACGAGUGAAGGUUAUGUAUUAGGCUUUCUGUGCGACAAAGAGGUUGGAAAGCAUGACAAGUUUGACGAUGAGAUAAUCAUAUCUCGAAUUGGUGGCGGUCGCACCCAAGAUGCGGCUGGAAACUUUGUCCAGAGCAAGGACCAAUCGAUGAACUCUACCUACACGUCUUUCAUGAGAUCUAUGAAAGAGGACCGGCCGAUAGGUGUUAUUGCAGGCCAGGGAAAUCGCAUUAGUCCAUCAAAGUUGCCUCAUUACUACAAUGUGCUCGACUGGUUCCAUAUUACAGACGUCUGGUGCGAGCUAAACAAUGGCUGCAAGACCUGGAUGGCGCGCUUUGAAAAGAUCAACCUACUUGAGCGAUCAUGGUGGUCUCCUCAGGGUAUUGAGCCUCUGACUCCUCUGAGCCCUUCCACGGUCGAUGGACCCAAAGCUCAUGUUGCAUGCUGCACCGCCUGCAAUAGGGGGAGUAAAUUGAUAUACAAUCAGGGCUGGACAUGUCUCAACAAUGAUUGCUGGGAGUUUUUCCAAUUUCCGAACGGCCUUAUCGAGGAAUAUUUGGAUUACAAUAACGACUUCAUGAAGGAAAGAACCCGCUACAAAGGGAACGACCCAGGGUCACUUGCACCACCUCUACUGACCGAUGAAGACUGCGCCAAAAUCCAUGCCUUCGGCAUUGAAACGCUCUUCGCUAAAGGCAUUGUCUGCCCUAAGGCAGUCCCUAUCGAUGAAGCCAUCGCUGGGUGCGAGAUACCCAAUAGUUAUCGGCCAAUGUGCCACUCGACUAUUCGCGCCCUCACUCCAAUAGUCCAAGGACAGUACGACGUCUUUGAAUAUCAGAUUCCCGGACCAAGUGGAGAAAUCAUUGGAUUCAUUCGGCAUUUCAACUCAAGCGCCGUGAUCAAUCAACAGCCUGAUGGCCCAAAUGAACUGUUCCUACAGAUGCAAACAGACGAGUUUGGUCUUAAGCGGAACCCCUCCCGCAACAAAGGCUCGCCUAAUGAAAUACUUACUUCCCACUGGGCGGCAAAUUGGGGUGCCCCUUACAAGUAUGGUGUUGCCCAGAUAUCGAAGGGUUUUGAUCAAACGCCUAUUGUUCUUAUCAAGGCUCUAAAACGAUUGACAUGGGCCGGCGAGCUUGCGCUCACAAGUGCAGCACAUGAAGGGUUUGUUCCUUUUAACGAACUCCUUUCCAUAGGCUACUUUGAGAAAUCUACCAUUGGUUACCAUGACGAUGGUGAAAAGGAACUUGGUCCAACCGUUGCCACACUAUCUCUUGGCUGUAGUGCGACAAUGAUGUUUAGACCAAAGGCAAAGAGCGGCAUCAAAGGCGUGCAGAAAAGGGCCAAUGCCAGGGGUACGCAGCCCGAUGUCUUGAAGGUCGUAUUAAAACACGGCGAUAUUGUUAUCAUGCAUGGUCGCGAUAUCCAGAGGUUUUAUGAGCAUUCGGUGGUACCACACGGCAAACUACGAUUCGCCUUAACUGCCCGUUAUGUCAGGCCCGAGCUGAUGCUUCCUGACGAACAGGAAUAUGCAUUGCACGCAGGACAGCUCCCCCAGGGAAGUGAUCAGUACAAUUACACCGGGGAUUUACAUGCGAUGCCGGUUACUACUACUAGGGAUGUGGAAGAAGAAAUCCGCCAGUGCUUCCGCAUUAUCAACGCAAAGAUGCAAUUGGGUGGAAUUGCUAAGGGUCGGGCGGUAGAACUCUUUUCAGAAGCUACCCAUGAGUUGGAAAAUUCAUGA